ACACACAGACAGACACACUCUCUUCGAUUCUUUCAAAAAACAAGUAAACGAAUUAGGGGUUUUUUUUCUUUUCUUUUUCUCUCGGAGGUUUCUAGAAUCAACAACAAUGGUGGAAGACCACAAGCACGAGGAAUCGAUCUUGGAGAAGAUUGUUGAGAAGAUCCAUGGCCAUGGUGACUCCUCUUCUCUUUCCGAUUCCGAUGACGAUAAGAAAUCUACAUCGUCUUCGUCGUCGUCCUUCAAGUCAAAGAUCUACCGACUUUUCGGAAGGGAGAAACCUGUUCAUAAGGUUCUCGGUGGUGGAAAACCUGCUGAUAUAUUCCUUUGGAGGAACAAGAAGGUAUCUGGUGGAGUCUUUGGUGCUAUAACAGCGUCUUGGGUACUAUUCGAGUUAAUCGAAUACCAUUUCCUCACUUUUCUCUGUCACUUUGCCAUGGCUGCUCUCGCAGCAUUGUUCUUGUGGUCUAAUGCUUGUACCUUUAUCCACAAGUCAACUCCUCACAUCCCGGAAGUUCACAUCCCUGAGGAUCCUGUCCUUCAACUUGUUUCUGGAUUAAGGAUUGAAAUCAAUCGUGGCUUUACCGUUCUUAGGAACAUUGCUUCAGGAAGAGAUCUCAAGAAAUUUAUCUUGGUAAUUGCUGGCUUGUGGGUAUUGUCCAUAAUUGGCAGUUGCUGCAACUUCUUGACAUUGUUCUAUAUUGCUACUGUUCUUCUCUUCACCAUUCCUGUGGUUUACGAAAAGUAUGAGGACAAAGUCGAUGCCUUUGGCGAGAAGGCUAUGAAGGAGAUCAAGAAGCAAUAUGCAGUACUCGAUGAGAAGGUUUUCAGUAAAGUCUUGAGCAAGAUUCCAAGAGGAGCUCUGAACAAGAAGAAGGAUUAAGGAAUCUAAGUUACUCUCAUUGGAAUCGUAGUAAUGGUUCAAAACAUGUUUUGUUAGAAGCUGUUGGUUGAUAAACCCUUUUGGUCGGCGGUCUCUUGUUAUUAUUAUUAUGUUCAUUAUAUAUUUGGGGUUUUUAACCAAAAAUAUUUAGAGUAUGAGAGAACAGAUGGAUGUUAAUUAAUUAUUGUUGUUGGCUAUUUGUGUUUGCUUCA